CGCAGACCUAAGGCGCGUGCGCCGAACUCUCCACUAACGCUCCCAGCGGCUGUGGAGACUAAGCUUUCGUCGGGGCAGCCGCGUGGUCCCGGAUACUUUGUAGAGGAUGCCUCAUGACGAAAUCCCCAACUCACCUCAACCUCAGGAGCAAGACUGUUCACUAAGUCAGCAUGUCAGUGCUAAUGAAGACAUGCUGGUUGGGCAGGAGAGUGGUGGGGACUCAGAGGCUGGGGAGUACCUCUCUACUUCCUGUGAGUAUGGGCCAUCCACAUCUGCUGAAGCUUGUGUGUUGGCAGCCACAAGGCGAGGGCCAGCCCUGCUACACAUUGAUCGGCAUCAGAUCCCCUCAGUGGAGCCCAGUGCUCAGGCCCUGGAGCUGCAGGGCCUGGGUGUGGAUGUCUAUGACCAGGCCGUCCUGGAGCAGGGUGUGCUUCAGCAGGUGGACAGUGCCAUGCAUGAGGCCAGCCGUGUGGCCCAGGUUGCUGAUGCGGAGAAAGAUUAUCAGUCAGUCCUGGAUGACCUCAUGUCAUGUACAACAUCCCUGAGACAAAUCAAUAAAAUUAUAGAGCAACUUAGCCCUCAAGCUGCCACCAACAGAGAUGUCAACAGGAAACUAGAUUCUGUAAAACGUCAGAAGUAUAACAAGGAACAACAGCUAAAGAAGAUAACUGCAAAACAGAAACGUCUCCAGGCCAUCCUUGGAGGGGCCGGGGUCCAAGUAGAACUGGAUCAUACCAGCCUGGAGGAGGAAGACACAGAGGCGGGGCCAUCAUGUCUUGGCAGUCUGCUCAUGCCCGCCCAGGAGGCCGCCUGGGAAGAGCUGAUCCGCACUGGCCAGAUGACACCAUUUGGUACCCCAGCCCCUCAGAAACCGGAGAAAAAGCCUAGAAAGAUAAUGCUCAAUGAAGUAUCAGGCUUUGAAAAAUAUUUGGCAGACCAGGCACAACUGUCUUUUGAAAGGAAGAAACGAACUGCUAACAAAAAAGCAGCUAGAAAGGCCGUGGUCAUACCUGAGUCAAGCGCAGGACCAAAUGAGACCAAGCCGGACCAGAGCAGCCAAGUCCUCUCCCAAGCAGAUAAGCGGUUGAAGAAGCAUAUCAGGAAGCUCCAGAAGAGGGCGCUGCAGUUCCAAGGGAAAGCGGGAUUGCCAUGGGGGAAGAAACGUCUGGAGCCUGCUGUGAGGCCAGAGGCUGAGGGAGACACCGAGGGGGAGGAGUCUGGGUCCUUUCCCACCGAUGGGGAAGAGGAGGAAGAGGAGGAGGAGGAGGAAGCGGUGGCCAACCUGUCUUCUGAUGACAUCAGCUAUGAACUGAAGCCUCUGCGGAAGGGCCGGAAAUACCAGAAGAAAGUCCUAGUGCAUGAGGUUGAUGAUGACUAUUUCCCAAGUUCUGGGGAAGAAGAUGAAGCUAUGGAAGGAAGAGGAGGAGGUCGCAAGGUAGCGAGGUGCCGAGAUGACGGCGAUGAAGAUUAUUAUAAGCAGCGGUUAAGGAGAUGGAAUAAACUGAGGCUGCAGGACGAAGAGAAACGCCGGAAGCUUGAAGAGGAUUCUGAGGAGAGCGAGGCUGAAUUUGAUGAAGGUUUCAAAGUGCCAGGUUUUCUGUUCAAAAAGCUCUUUAAGUAUCAGCAGACAGGUGUUAGGUGGCUGUGGGAAUUGCACUGCCAGCAGGCAGGAGGAAUUCUGGGAGACGAAAUGGGAUUGGGCAAGACCAUCCAGAUAAUUGCCUUCUUGGCAGGUCUGAGCUACAGCAAGAUCAGGACUCGAGGUUCAAAUUACAGGUUCGAGGGACUGGGCCCCACUAUAAUUGUUUGCCCAACGACAGUGAUGCAUCAGUGGGUGAAAGAAUUCCACACGUGGUGGCCUCCAUUCCGAGUGGCAAUUCUGCACGAAACAGGCUCCUAUGCCCACAAAAAGGAGAAGUUGAUCCGAGAUAUUGUUCAUUGUCAUGGAGUUUUGAUAACCUCUUAUUCCUACAUCCGACUGAUGCAAGAUGACAUUAGCAGACAUGACUGGCACUAUGUGAUCUUAGAUGAGGGACACAAAAUUCGAAAUCCAAAUGCUGCGGUCACCCUUGCUUGCAAACAGUUCCGCACGCCUCAUCGGAUCAUCUUGUCGGGUUCACCGAUGCAGAACAACCUCCGAGAGUUGUGGUCACUCUUCGACUUCAUCUUCCCGGGAAAGCUAGGCACGUUGCCUGUGUUUAUGGAGCAGUUCUCUGUCCCCAUCACUAUGGGGGGCUAUUCCAAUGCUUCCCCAGUACAGGUUAAAACUGCCUAUAAGUGUGCAUGUGUCUUAAGAGACACCAUUAACCCCUACCUACUCCGGAGAAUGAAAUCAGAUGUCAAGAUGAGCCUUUCUUUGCCAGAUAAAAAUGAACAGGUCUUAUUUUGCCGUCUAACUGAUGAGCAGCAUAAAGUCUACCAGAAUUUCAUUGAUUCCAAGGAAGUUUACAGGAUUCUCAAUGGAGAGAAUCAGAUUUUCUCUGGACUUGUAGCUCUGAGGAAGAUCUGCAACCACCCUGACCUCUUUUCUGGGGGUCCCAAGAAUCUCAGUGGUCUUCCAGAAGACGAGCUAGAGGAAGACCAGUUUGGUUACUGGAAACGUUCUGGGAAAAUGAUUGUGGUUGAGUCUUUGCUGAAAAUAUGGCAUAAGCAGGGUCAGCGAGUGCUGCUGUUCUCCCAGUCAAGGCAGAUGCUGCACAUACUGGAAGUGUUCCUGAGAGCCCACAAGUAUUCCUAUCUCAAAAUGGAUGGGACCACUACCAUAGCAUCAAGACAGCCGCUGAUUACAAGAUACAACGAGGACACGUCCAUCUUUGUCUUUCUUCUGACCACACGGGUGGGUGGCAUAGGAGUGAACCUGACCGGGGCCAACAGAGUCAUCAUCUACGACCCUGACUGGAACCCAAGCACUGACACACAGGCCCGGGAGCGAGCAUGGAGGAUAGGUCAGAAGAAGCAGGUAACUGUCUACAGGCUUCUGACGGCUGGCACCAUUGAGGAAAAGAUUUACCACCGACAAAUCUUCAAGCAAUUUUUGACCAACAGAGUGCUAAAAGACCCAAAACAAAGGCGCUUCUUCAAAUCCAAUGACCUUUACGAGCUGUUUACUCUGAGUAGUCCUGACGCAUCCCAGAGCACUGAAACAAGUGCUAUUUUUGCAGGAACAGGCUCCGAUGUUCAGACACCCAAAUGCCAUUUAAGAAAAAAGACUCCACCAGCCCCAGGAACAAAUUCCAAAUGCAAGAAGUUCCCCGUUUCUGACACAGCUGUAAAUGGUGCCACCCUGACUGAAGAAAAGUCUAAGGCGAUGGGGCCUGCAGGAAGUGCACCUUCUACAGAAAGUUGCCCUGUGCAGGGCGACUGUCACCCGAGUGGGAGCGGAACCAGCAGUGUUGUCUUUGGAGAAGAGACAGGUGCAGGGUCCAACCUGGAGCAGCUGUCAGAGAUGAGUGGAGAUGGGAAGCGUUCAGAUUGUCCAGUAGUCGACCAAACAUCCGGGCCAUCUGGUGAGGCGAGCACCAGUGAGAAGCAGGGUUCUUCCUCCAAAGGGGAAUGCUACCGAGUUCAGACAGGACCUGCUCUCAUGAGUGAACAAUCAGAAGGUCAUUUUUGUAAGCACAAAUCAAAAAGGAAACAUGAUGCAGCAAAGGAAGAGACCCCAGAGAAAUGUCUGCAGCCCAAGCAAAAGGCCAAGAACUCCAAGCAUUGCAGAGAUGCCAAGUUUGAGGGAACUCGAGUUCCACACCUGGUGAAGAAAAGGCGAUACUGUUCACAGAACCCUGAGCAGGAGAGCGUGGCCAGGGGGCGAAGCAGUGAUGACUAUGUCUUGGAAAAGCUUUUCAAAAAGUCAGUGGGCGUGCACAGUGUCGUGAAGCAUGACGCCAUCGUGGAUGGCACCAGCCCGGAUUAUGUGCUGGUGGAGGCAGAAGCCAGCCGAGUGGCUCAGGAUGCCUUGAAAGCUCUCAAGUUCUCUCGCCAGCAGUGCCUGGGGGCAGCAUCUGGUGUCCCCACCUGGACCGGCCACAGGGGUAGUUCUGGUGCACCAGCAGGAAUGAAGAAUAGGUUCGGUAAGAAGAGGAACUCCAACCUCCCUGUGCAGCGUCCUUCUUCAUCACUAACAGAAAAGUCUCAGAACAAUGUGAAGAAGGAGGGGAAAGCUCCUGCCCCUGAGCACUUUAGUGGCAAAGAAGAUGGAGCAUCUUUGUCUGGAGCCCCCAGUUCCUCCUCACUCUUGGCCAGAAUGCGAGCAAGAAACCACCUCAUCCUGCCGGAGCGCCUGGAGAGUGACAACGGGCACCUCCCUGAGGCUGCUGCCUUGCCUCCGUCCAGCACAGAACAUGAUGACCUUCUGGUAGAGAUGAGGAACUUCAUUGCUUUCCAGGCCCAGGUGGAUGGCCAGGCCAGCACUCAGGAGAUCCUACAGGAGUUCGAAUCCAAGCUGUCUGCGGCACAGUCCUGUGUCUUCCGAGAACUACUGAGAAAUCUGUGCAGUUUUCAUAGAACUCCUGGUGGUGAAGGGAUUUGGAAACUGAAGCCAGAAUACUGCUGAACAGCAAUGCCCCUAGACUUUUUCAAAUGGGAACCUCAGCUCACCAAUCCUGGAUGAAUGAUCGUGUGUGUGUGUGUGUGUGUGUGUGUGUGUGUGUGUGUGUGUGUGUGUCUCUGUCUGUGUGUCUGUCUGUGUCUGUGUGUCUGUCUGUGUGUGUCUAUGUGUCUAUGUGUGUGUCUGGGUGUAAGGGCAUGGCUGCAGUCAGUGUUUACUGUGUCAUCUACCUCAAAGCUAAAACUUGAAGAAGAAAAUACUUGGAGAAUUUUUUGUUUUGUUUUUUAUUUUGGUGACAUUAUGAAUUAUGUCAUAAAACCAGGGACCUAAGAGUUACUUCUUGGAACAAAUAUAUUUCUUAAUCCAAAAGAUGCUGUCAGGGAGCAUACUACUUAAGAAGAGUCCUUGGUUCUUACUGGUGCUGGGAACAUGUCUUCUGUUUGUCCCACCUUAGCCCAUAAGUCACUUCAUCAGUAUCUGGUCACCUUGGUACCUUGAUACAGAACUGUAAAGGUUUCUGUCCCACUGGCCACAUACAGAAAGAGCCUUGUUAUCUAUUAGAUCAUUAACUACCUGUAAAUAAUGCUUUGCAGCACUGUUAAACUAGUGGGUUUGGUUUUUGUUGUUGUUUGUUUUAAAUGGUUCUGGAGAUGGACUGGUGCCUUGUGCAUGCUAAGACUGUGCUUUCCCACCAAGUUCCACCCCAGUUCCAUAUACACAUACAUUCCCUAUACACAUACAUACAUACACACACAUAUAUGGAUCUCAAAGAAGAGUCUGCUUUCUGUUCUCUGUCAUCAUUAUCUAAAGAUCGUAGAAGAGGUUGUUUAACUCAGUCAAUAAGUUCUAAACAUUCAUACCUGGCUCAGAAGGAAGUCCCAAUGCUUGUUUGUUUCUGGGAGAUCUUUGGUUAUUUUUUCUUCUAGUGAUUAGCCUGCAAGGAAAUGAUGAUGCCCUUGUUCUUGGGCUGAAGUACUGACCUGACUCAUUAGUGUGAAGCAUUAGUACAUUAUGCCUGGAAUGUCUGAGAUCUAAGUUAUAUCGAGCUAGAGAAGGCAUAGAUAUUCCUUUAAUUAAAAAUAGCCGUUGAAAGUUUUUUAUUGUGCAGCCAGGCAAGGAAUCCAUGUUUCAGCUCUGCCACUGCCCUGCCCAUCCUGGGUGGGUUGAGUCUCAGGGUAGUGCUCUGUAAAUGUGGUCAUCCAGCCAACCUGGGAGAAACUUAGAGAGCAGCUCUGAGUUAGAAUAGUUUUUAAUAACAUACAGCACCUUUAUACAUUGUGCUGUAAUCUGGAUUUUUGAACAUUAAAUACUUUGUGCAGUGUAAAUAGAUUAAAUGUAUUGAACAUGUUAUAUAAUUACAAAUAAAGGGUUUUCAAAGAUGCCAGCUUUUUACUGUAUUGUCACUGUGAAAAGCCUCCAAGCAGUCCCCACCUUCCCACCCCACACCGGUCUUGCUCUUCCAGAGCCCUGUGCAGCUGCCCGGGCAUUUCCACAGCUGCUGGCAUGGGCUGCUCCUUCCAGUGUCGUCUCUGAGUUUUACCUGGACACAUGACUGCUCAGCUAAUAAUUGCUUCUCAGCCUCCCUGGCAGGUAACUGUGACCACAUGACAGUUGUAGGCAGUGAGAUGGAAAACUUCCAGCUUGAAGCUUAAGCAGAGAGUCAUGGUGUGCACUCCCCUGAAAGGUCCCUGUUGUGCUGGCGGGGAUGUUUGAGAGCCUCAAUGGGGCUCCUGGUGUUUCAAGAGGGUGUGUGUUGAGGUUUGAGUAGUUUGCCUUCCAGUCAAGAAUGUCUGUCUUUGGUCUGUUACUUAAGAGUGAAAUAAAUGAAUACUUUUUAACACUG